AUUGUGCUCUUAUUUUAUUUUUUAUAAAAUUCUAGUGGAUUAUAUACUUGAAUUUCAGUUCAAAUGCAUCAAAUUUGAAAUCCGAGGUCACCUUAACCACCAGAUCCAGUCCGUAUCCAGAUCAGAUGGUCACUGCAGUCCCCCGGAUCCAGUCCGUACCCAGCCCAGACGGUGGAUCAGCAGCUAGAGACGACCUCUACAGCACUGAAUGUCAGCGGAGACCACAUCGAUUAGAUGAGCCCCAGAGACGGAUCCCCAGUGAACACCUCGUCACCUAGACGGCUGUCGGCACAGGACCAUGGGAUCUGUUUGCCCCCUAACUGAUGUGACAAAGAAGUGGCAGGACGAAAAAUUGGUGUUCACUGGGAUUCUGAAAGAGACACUGAAAACAGAGACGGGUCUACAUGCCUCAUAAUUUUAACAGACCUUUCAUCCUUCAGACAGACACAUUACAAACUGGACUUGGGGCUUUCCUUUCACAGACAAUACAAGGUGACAGAGUGAUCUGACAUCAGGAAAGUGUCAUGAGUACCGAAAAAGAGCGCAGCAUUCUCCGUGAUGCCAAUGAGGAGAAGGAGGUGAAGGAUGAGAAGACUGCUGUCAAGGAGGAGCUGUCUGCGGAGCAGGAGCUGGAGGAGCUGAGGGCUCAAGUGCUGCAGCUCCUGCUGGAGCUGGAAGAAGCACGAGACAUGGCUCAGAAACAUGAGGAAAGCUUUCUGGAGCUGCAAGGUCUUCUUGAGGAGGAACGUUUAGCUAGUGCUCAUCAGGCUGAGGCCUUCACAAGACAGAUCCAGCGUCUGCAAGCACAGCUUCGUUCUGUCCAGGAGGAGAUGGACAGUCUGGAGGAGGAGAAAGAGAGCGAGGUUCUGGAAGCGCAGGAGGAGCUGCGAACCGCGCAGGAGGAGGUGCUGCUGCUACAGCAGGCGGCAGAAGAGGCCGCGGCUGAAAGAGAGAACGACAUCGCCAGUCUGCAGGAGGAACUGUGCCGCUUACGGGCGGAAAUCUCUCGACUGGAGAACACGGGACAGGAGUACGAGCUGGAGAUCGUCACACUCCGAGCAGAAAUAGAGAUGAAGAGUAAGAGCCGUCUACAGCAGAGGAAGGAGGGUGAUGUGGGUCUGUUGAUGGAGGAAUGUAACAGUCUGAAGGAACAAUGUCAUGCACUGCAAGAUGAAAACUCAAGACUGAAUCACAGACUGCAGAUGCUGCAGAAGAGGAGUUCAGGCAGUUCCUGCAUCACUCUUAAAGAAGAGCAGGAAGAGACAGAAGAGGGAAAACACACGCAGUGUGGCACAGAGACAGAAACAGAAAGCUCUUAUUUGAGCUCCAACUGCAGGCUGGUGGACGCUGGUAUCCAGAAGAACAUAUCGUUUGAUGGCAAACCCGUCACCCCUACCAGCUGGACAGGAGGUUUUUCAGAGAUCCUCUCUCUGAGAGAUCAACUCAAGCAGACAGAAGAGAAGGCCACACAUGUGCAGCAGGAGUGUGAUGGACUAAAGAAUGAACUACAAAAUCUGCGGGAAAUGUAUGAGACCAGUCAGAAGGAGCGAGCCGAGCUGGAGCUGGAGUUACUGCGCUGCAGGGAAGAGCUGGAGAAAGCUGCUGACGUCAAAGAGGAAUGAUGCUAAUGAAAACCACUGAUUUGUUGCUGGCGAUCUGAACUAUAUCGUGGAGUGCAAAAGUGUGAUCAACACUCAUCGCAGACUCUACAGCAACAUCUGAAGUUUAAUGGUGUUUUUCUCUUUUUGCAAUAAUAACUACCUUCUAAGACAAAAAAGGUCCUGCUUAUAUUUUUCCUAUAAUAUGUACUUCAUAUUAGUUUAGCAAAUGUUUUAAUGAUGUUUUUGUUUUAUUCACCAUUUAGCUACUGAUUGUCUUGUGCUGUUGGCUUGUUGUAAGUAGUUUAUAUUGACCAAUUCUUCCUAAUGAGAUGAAGUAUAAAAAUAUGUUAAUUGCACCAGGCCGAAAAAAUACUCUAAAGGAGGUUUAAAUUAAAUAGAGAAUCUAAAAAAUAUUAACUUAAAUAUUUAUUAUAGUUAUUUUAUACUUUAUAAAUUAUUUUGUGAAUUUACACAAUGCUGUUGGUUUGCAAUAACUAUAUAUCUAUCUUUUUGUAUAUUUUUAUGCAUGUUACAGCAUGAGGCAACACUAUAUUGGCAUAUAUUCAUACACUGAUGAGAAGCAUCAGCAAUUCAACAAUAUGUCCAUACAGGAUUUCUGUUUGCGUGCCCCCUGAAUAUAAUUUGUCAACAACGUAAUUUUGUCAACAUUUAGUGUGUAAACUCUUAAGGGUCACUGAGUAAAUGUAACCUCAUAUUUACUAACCAGUUCAACCACCUACAUAAACCACUUCAGUUAAUCUGUAUAAUGAGAUGUCAGGCCACAGGAUUUUACUGAAGCUGAGCUAAGGCUGUUUGAGUUUUCUGAGCCGCCUCCUGGUUUACUCGCAUGCUUUGGAUCAUAGUCACAUGACCCAAAUUCUAUGGAUGUCAUAAUAACUGUGAAAUAAUGAUUAGAAAUGACUUUGUAUCUCUUUCUAUUCAUGUAAACUUUAACAAAUCUUUUCUAAAAUCUGAAAUCUCUUUUCAUCAUGUUGCAACAGAAUGACUUUAUUUUGAGCAGGUGAUCAAAAUAUCAAAAUUUAAGCUGAACGUUUUGGAAUGCCUUAUCAAAGGCUUUUUUAUCAAGAAAGUUCACAUUUUUACUUUUCUUGUCAUUGUUUAACUAUACAGUUUUAGAAUUUAGACUGUAAAAUAUAUAGAAUUUACAUUGGUUAUGAAAUUAUAAAAUGUGUGUAAAAACUGAAAAUCUAUGUCAAGCUUCUAUUUAUUAUGUAUUAUGCCUGAGCCGAUAGUCAGAUGACAUUGUAAGUGAUGUGUGGUCACUUAUAGGCCAUUUAAGAUCCCUGAAUCAGCGUAGAUUAACUGAGAUUAUCGAAGUAUAGCAACAAAUGGAAUUAUUAUUAUUAUUAUUAUUAUUAUUAUCAUUAUUAUGCUGUGACAGUAGUACCAAAAACUGUUGUAUUUAAAUUUGUAAAAUGUAUAGAUUUAUUUGUAUAUAGACGAACCAUCAGGUUUAAAGGUGUUUAAUGUACUGAAUUAGCAAAGAACUGAAUUCCACUGUAUCCCUACAUUUGAUAAAGACAAAUUGAGUUCCAA